UAGAAAGUCGCCAUGGGUCGUGUGAUCCGCAACCAGAGGAAGGGUCGUGGAUCCAUUUUCACGGCCAACACCCGUCUCAACAAGGCUCCUGCCCAGUUCCGUACCCUCGACUAUGCCGAGCGUCAUGGAUACACUCGUGGUGUUGUGAAGGAGAUCAUCCACGACCCCGGCCGUGGUGCUCCUCUCGCCAAGGUCCAGUUCCGUCACCCCUACAAGUUCAAGCACAUCACCGAGACCUUCAUCGCCAACGAGGGCAUGUACACCGGUCAAUUCAUCUACGCCGGAAAGAACGCCGCUCUGACUGUCGGAAACGUCCUUCCUCUCGCCUCCGUCCCUGAGGGUACCGUCGUUACCAACGUCGAGGAGAAGUCUGGUGACCGUGGUGCUCUUGGUCGUACCUCCGGUAACUACGUUACCGUCAUCGGCCACAACCCCGAUGAGGGCAAGACCCGUAUCAAGCUUCCCUCCGGUGCCAAGAAGGUCGUCAAGAACACCUCCCGUGGUAUGAUCGGUAUCGUCGCCGGUGGUGGUCGUACCGACAAGCCUUUGCUCAAGGCUUCUCGUGCCAAGCACAAGUUCGCUGUCAAGCGCAACUCUUGGCCCAAGACUCGUGGUGUUGCCAUGAACCCCGUGGAUCACCCUCACGGUGGUGGUAACCACCAGCACAUUGGUAAGGCUUCGACCAUCUCCCGUUACGCCGCCCACGGUCAAAAAGCCGGUCUUAUUGCUGCCCGGAGAACUGGUCUGCUCCGCGGUACCCAGAAGACCAAGGACUAAGCGUGAUGUUCUGUGGAGUUUUCUUUGUGACGGGUUGAAAAUGCUCUUUUGCUAUGAGGCAUAUGUACUUAGGCGAAUGCGGAUGAUCUCCCACGCGUCCUUAGCGAAUCUAGGUCGUGGCCACCAAAUAUUUUCAUGAUGAUCAAAGCAAAAGAAAUGGGUUCAAAAAUUCAAGUCCGGGUGCAUUCUUUGAUAUAUCACACCUACGUAGCGUCUCAGUUCUCAGGAGACGACUUCGAAGCCACUUUCCUAGUCGUAUGUGCCUGCGGUCCUGUAUUUCAGGGCACGAUUGUAUUUAUCGGGCUGUUCGUCGUGCAAUUGGUACUAAGUCAAGCAUAUCAGACCGACAUCAUUACUACAUCAACCAGUUGCGG